AGUUGUUGGCGGUUUUUCUAACAAUAACGUUAACGUUUGUAUUGUAUUGUUUACGUUACUAUUGAAACGUGGUAAACGUGACGUCAAAAUAAUAUUAUUUUGCCAACGUCAGGGAAAAGUCACGUCGUUUAUAUAUAUAACGAUGCCGUUAGGAAAUAUGUGUUAUUAGUCAUGGAUUUAAACAAUUUAUUAAAACCGCUUCUUAAAAUCGAAGACGUCAUCAAGAUCAUAGAGUAUACCAAAAUCGUACCACAAGGAGUUCCUGAUAGGUAUGAACAUAUAAGAAAUGUGUUUAAUUUGAACAUCAAAGAACAGAAUUCCAGGGAGUUGUCCAUUGCUGACGUUGCGCGACUAGUACAAACAUUGGAGACUUUACUACCACGAUUUGGUGAUAAUCCGGCGGAUAUUGAUCGUGAUUCAGUGGAAAAAGAUUUGCAAAACUAUAUUUCAAAGGGGAUUUCUGAAAUUGGAACGGUGAAUAUUAUUCCACCUUUAACUACAUGCUGUGGAUCCUUAAGGAAAUCAGGACAAAAAGCGUGUAUUGUUUACAGAUCUAGAUUUAGACCCGUGGUAGGAGUUAUGUAUGAAUUGAAGUGUAGCAAGUGCAACACUGUAUACAAAUGCAGUACAUAUAAGAGGAAAGGAUUGGAACUUUAUUACAACGAUGUUUUAGAGCAGGAGUAUUUCAUGUCAACAUGCGACUCUGUGUUUUCCAUGGAAUUUAUGAGGAGGAUUGAUAUUGAUAUAUUCAGGAAAUCGGCAUCAUUUGAAGGAAUUGCGUAUGCAUACAAUGACGAACACUUGGGGAUAGAGUGGAUGAAUUCGCUGAACAAUACACAGAUAUUGGACAGACGACGUCUAAGUGAGGCAUGGUACAAAAAAACAUUAAUUGAAAUGAAGAAAAAUUAUAACCUACAAACCGAAAUAGAAUAUAUUCUUUCGGAUAAGCUGGAAGGUAUACUGGAAUGUGAAAAGGAUGUCUUAUGGGAGAAAUUUUCAAUAAAAUGGUCUUCAUCACUACAUACUGACAACUGUAACCACGAAGAGUGCUGUAAAGCAAUAGUCAUUGACGGGCAUAUGAAGGGAACACGUUCAGUUUGUGGUGCAACGGAAGUGAAAACAAUUGACUCCAAAGAACUAGGUAGCAUCCAUAUGGGCUGUUGGAAAAUGCCAAUGAAGGGAUCUCUUUAUUGUACUGAACAUAAACAUGUGAAGGAAGAACAUAAAAAGAAACCAACUGAAGGAGCGAAGACAGAGGAAGAUUCUGAAUGUAACACCUUUAAAGAAAAUGGUCAUCUCCAAAAGUUCAAAAGUGCAGGAGUGUGUGCAUCUGUAUAUAACUGCGGUAUUAUUAACGGCAUGAGAGAGUUGUACGGAUGUGAGUCUUUGACCCAAGUCUACAUCUUUUUGAUUUGGCUGGCAAAGGUGUUGGAAAUUUUUCCACAUUUACUUGCCUAUGACGAUGCUUGUCAUCUAAAAAAAUUCAUAAUGAAUCCGAUCAGGGCAGAGAAAAGUGAAUACUCCAAAUUUUUGACAACACUACGCAUUGUUGUUGACAAAAUGCAUUUUGCAAAUCAUGUUGAUAAAUGGUGUAGAAGAAAUGUCAACCCAUACACUGAUGAUUUGUUCAAACACAUUAACACGGAAGCAUGUGAACAAACUUUUCAGUUUGUGGCUAAGUUUAAGUUUGCAACGAAACACAUGUCCUGUGGGAAGUACAACUUGUUUAUGUUGAAAAUUUCAGAAAUGUAUAAUAAUGAUAGGUUGGUAAGAAACAGGAAAAGAAUCAAAGAAGAUAAGUAAGUGAAAUUAAACAUUAUUGGUUGUAAUAAUCAUUAUGAAUAAAUUGACAGAUGUAUUGUAGAUCGAUGUAUUUAAUUUAAAAUGUAAAUGAUAUAUUUGCUUUCAAGUUGUGUAAUAAUCGUUAAUAAAAUGGAAAUGGAUGUAUGCAUUUGUAAUUUGUAUUUGUAAACAAAAAGCAAUAACAAAUUUAAAACGACAAUGUUAACAAUGUAAACGUGAAAGAAAUAUCCAUAAUGUAGACAAUGUAAAUUUGAUAUUGGUUCAACAUUGCGAUGUCGACAAUGUUGACGAUGUUAACAGAAAAAAAAUAUCGGCAAUGUUGACGAUGUAAACUCGAUAUCGGUUCAACAUUGUCGACGUUGCGAUGUCGACAAUGUCGACGAUGUUAACGGCAAAGAAAUGUCGGCAAUGUUGACGAUGUAAACUCGAUAUCGGUUCAACAUCGUCUACAUUGCGAUGUCGACAAUGUUGACGAUGUUAACAGAAAAAAAAUAUCGGCAAUGUUGACGAUGUAAACUCGAUAUCGGUUCAACAUUGUCGACGUUGCGAUGUCGACAAUGUCGACGAUGUUAACGGCAAAGAAAUGUCGGCAAUGUUGACAAUGAAAACUCGAUAUCGGUUCAACAUUGUCGACGUUGCGAUGUCGACGAUGUUAACGGCAAAGAAAUAUCGGCAAUGUUGACAAUGUAAAAUCGAUAUCGUAACAAUAUUGUAUACAUCGCGAUGUUGACGAUAUCGAAAAAGAAAUAUGCAUUGGACAUG